AUGCAAGUUCCUUAUCGACCAGGUCAAACGAAUUUAAUUGUAUCAGUUCAGCCAGAUGGUACCCUAAACCAAUCAAAUAAAAAACGAUGGGAUGUUGGUUUAUGUGAAUGUAGAUCAAUUAAACUAACACUUCUCUCGUGUUUCUGUCCUUGUUGUGUUUUCGGAAGCAUCACACAAGAAAUGGAUUACCCUUGGUGUAUUUGUUGCUUGAGUUAUUUGAUAGCAUUAUUUCUUUCACCUAUCAUAUGGAUACAUGUAUUUUUGGGGUGCGGCUGCCGUAGACGUUUAAGACAUCAUUAUCGCAUCAAAGGUCAUAUUAUCUCUGACUUUUGUACAUCUCUUUUGUGCUCCUCGUGUAUGCUAUACCAGUCGGCAGCUCAAAUAGCUAUUGAACGUUACAAAAAAUUUCAACCUGGUGUCCAAAACCCUUAUACAAAAGGAUUAUUUCGUAAAGUCGGUCAUAUAAUAAUUUCAUGUUAUAGUAUUCCAAGACGAAUUCGUGAUGAACAUUUAAAUUCCCAAUCACUUUUGAACACGAAUAAUCUGACACUGAACAACACACAUGUGUCCAAUCCACAACCUGGAUUCAUCACAACAGUUGGUGUACCAUACACAAGUCAACCAGGGCAACCACAUAUUGACAUGCAGUCGCCACAAAUACAAUCACACUUAACCUUACAGGCUCCUUAUUCCCAACUAAUACCAGAAGCAGUUAUACCUACGACACAAGCACCAGAAGUUUUAGUACACAAAAUUCAAAGCAGCUCACAACUGCAACAAACUCAGAAUAUAGACGAAGAUCCUAUUACGAAAUCAGGGCCUGGUGAAUCCAAUCCUAUAAUGAAUAUUUAA